GACAGCACCACUUCAAACCAUUCGAUUCCACUCACCGAUAUCAUCAUCAUCAACUCAAUCAAAUCAAAACACCAUCAAUCAAACCAUUCAGAAAUACCAUCCAAAAAGAUCAUAUUCAUCAACUCAUCAUGCCACCAUCAGCAGAACCAUAUGAUCCUUACAUUCCUGGAAGUCAACCCGGUCCUAAUAAAGGAAAUGCUAAAACUCAAGCUAUUCAAGCUCAGAUCGAUGACACAGUCGGGAUCAUGCGUGAUAACAUCACUAAAGUAGCAGAACGAGGAGAAAGAUUAGAUGCUUUACAGGAUAAAACUGACAAUCUGGCUGUAUCAGCUCAAGGCUUCAGACGGGGAGCAAACCGAGUAAGGAAACAGAUGUGGUGGAAAGAUAUGAAGAUGAGAUUGUAUAUCGGUUUGGGUAUCAUCAUUCUACUUGUUAUCAUUAUUGUACCGAUAGUCGUGAAAAACAAAUAGGAUAAAGCGCACGUGACCUCAGAUGCCGAACCGUUAGGACCUCUCAGACCUCCAUCUUCUUCCAACUCAACCUCUUCUGGUACCGUUAACCGAUUUGCUACUCCUACAUGACCCACUCAUCGAUCUGAGAGUUGGAAUGCAGGUAUCAAACUUGUUGCUUCUUGUCCUCAACCUCUGCUGUGUGGUAUUCCUUCUCAUCAACCUUGACUUGCACUCUUGUUUUUUUAAAUUGAUCCUGUUCAUAUUCACAUCCUGUCUAUUUAACCAUCCGCUUCCUUUUCAGUUUAUAUUUACGCCCCUGUUACUUUCAAAUACUUUUACGACUGACAUUGUGAUGACUACUAUCCCACCCAAUCACAUAGCUCAACAAGAUUGUACUAUCCUUCUACCCAGUCUCAUCUGGGCUUUUCGUUUGAUGACUUUCUUAUGGUCAUCAUACCCUUUUCAAAUCUCUUACACAUCGCUUUUCUAAUCACUCUUGACUAUCAACUACUCUCACCUUACCACCACCAGCAACACCACACAGACAUCUGAACCCACCAAGCCAAAGAACGCAAGCAAGUCAAACGUUAACCAAUCCAACCUCCAUCCUACCACUUCUUCUCAUCACUUUCUCUCGUCCUUCUAUAACGGUUCCUUUUUCCUACAUCCUGAAGAAAUACAGAAACACAUUAAACUAAGAUCUGUAGUUUUUUUUCUGUUUCUGGUCUGAUAUCAUCACGUGCACCUGAAGAUCAAUUAAUCAAAUCCUAUCCUAUCACCACAUCUCACCACCUCUCACCUUGUUAUAAACCUCAAAUAUCACGUUUACUUUUUGUUGUUGUUGUUUAUCUCUGAUUUAAAUUUCAAACCUAUUCUUAGUGUGUUGAAGAUUUAUAUUUUCUUUUGAUUGUGUGUUUAUAAUCCUUUUUUCUUUUACACUAUUAAGUUUUUUUCCAAGAAUGAAUGAAUGAAUGAAAUAUAUUUAGAUGAAUUUUGGUCUUG